AUGAAUUGAAGAAACUAUUGCAGAAGGGACAAGAAACCUACCUUGAUUUUUCCAGCAAGACCAACCAAAACUACAACCCAACUCUGUUAGUUCCCAAAUUUGACAAAAAACUUCAUCUCUUGUGGCCUGUGUUUCUGUUUUGAAUCAUACCCACAAUCUCAUCCAUUACCCUCUAUCUGUUCAGUGAGUCUUUUCCUGGUCAAAUCAAAGCGAAUUUAAACCUACCCAGAUAGUCAAAAGAUCAAGAAAUCAAAAACUUUUAUUUUUCUGAUUUGGGUUGGUUCACUAUUUGCUUGAGGAUAUGAAUUUCAGGAGCUUAGAUGAUUUUUGGGCUUUCUAUGUGAGCCAACACUCAAAACCAAGUACAAGGCGUUGGCACUUUGUGGGCACUCUCACUAGUAUAAUUUUCUUGCUUUUUUCGAUAUUGUUUAAUUGGUGUUUUCUGGUGUGUGUGCCAAUCUUUGGUUACGGAUUCGCCUGGUAUAGUCAUUUCUUUGUUGAAGGAAAUGUUCCUGCAACUUUUGGGCACCCGUUUUGGUCCUUUUUUUGUGACUACAAGAUGUUUGGAUUAAUGCUUACUGGGAAUAUGGAUAGAGAGAUCAAGAGGCUCGGCAAGAGGCCUGUGUUGCAGGCCUUCUGAUCCUAAUGCUUGCAGCCCUGGGAAACUGCUGGUUUACUUUGAUUGAGGGUGUUCGUCUGUAAGAAAGAAAAUCUGAGAGUAUGUGCUAUCAUCUUCUUUAACUAAUAGAGGAUAAAAUAAAACCAUAGACACAUUUGAAAGGAUGUUGAGUGGAUAGCAGAAUAUAUUCAGUUUAGUGAAUGGUGACCCUGUUGUGUUGGCAUGAGCAUACAAUCUGAUACUGUAAUAAGUAAUGAAAACAAGAUGCUCAUAUAUGGUUGGAUGUUGCUUGGCAAUCACAAUUUAGCCUUGAAUUGUUCUUGCGUGAUAUGAAUAAUACAUGUUUGCUUUUUGUGAA